AAAUUCAAAAAGAAGAAAAUCAGGCUUUUAUGACAUGGAGUACCACCAGUAUCAUAAUGUCUACAAAGGACGAUAAUGAUAACAAUGAUGGUGAUGAUCUAAUGGGUCUGACAAAUAAUUUAAACGAAUCAACAAAUACCGGAUGUAUUAAAGAU